UGUGUGUGUGUGUGUGUGUGUGUGUGUGUGUGUGUGUGUGUGUGUGAGAGAGGGGUUUGCUUGGAGGGAUGUAAUUUCCCUCCUGCCUCUCCUCUGGCUCUGCAUGAAGAUAGCAGGUGGAAUCCCAAAGUAGUUGUUUCUGGGACAGUCCUGAGGCAGUGAGUGCUCGGCACCUUUGGAAUCAUGGGAGUGACCCAUGGAAAGAAAGCAGAUCAUAAUCAUCAGAGUCAUAAUUCUGCCUGUGCUCAACCACUUAUUGGACCUGGUGAAUCAGAUUUAGUCUCUGAUCUUGGAUCAGUGAUAGAUCCUGAUCAGACGUGGGCCAGAGAAGAGGAUUUAGACCAGAGCAAGUUGCUUCCUGAGCAAACGGACAGUGGUUACUAUGAGGAGCUCAUCAGGCCCAAAAAGCUCCACAAUCCCAUCAAAGCGUCCAAGUGCCAUCGGGAGCUCCAGCGAGAGCUGAUUAUUACACACAAAAGAGGAGCAGUGAUGGAGGAGAAGCCAGAGUUACAGCGAGUUCUUGAACAGAGGAAUAGAGCUCAAGCUCUGAAACAAGAGAGAAAACAGGAAGAAGAAAAAUCACCCCUGGAGCAGGAGUUACUGAAGAGGCAGAUGAGGUUAGAGAAGCUUGAGAGAGAGGCCGGUGAGCAGAGGGAAAGGUCAAAGGGCGCACCUGAGUUCAUUAGGGUCAAGGAGAGUCUGAAGAGGACAGCGAUCGCAAGUGCUGAGGAGAAAGAGCUGUAAUCACACAUCACCGUCAACAUCAUAGAUCUACACGAGUGUUGAUGCACCUCCAGAUGAUGAUUUGACAGUUCUUCAUUGUUUAGAAAGCUUGGGUUUGGAUUUUGAAUGAAAUCAAAGAACGUGAAAGAACAAUAUUGAGGACAAGAAAGUUGAAAAUGUUGGCUAAUGAUAUGUCAGUGUUACAAAAUGUUAGGUACUACUUAUAAGUAGGAUUUCAUGUAUUGCACAUUAAUUGCUGAUUAAGCGGCUGUCAUUUGCACACACAAGAACAGAAUAAUUCCAACUGGAACUGUAUCUAGUGUUUGUGUAUAGAAAUGAUUUGUCUGCCAUAUUUAUAGAUGAUGCACUUUUAUGCUUUUUAAUGGAGUUCCUAACAAACCUUGGGCCAUGUAAUCCUACCAACACAAUGCAAUGUGUAUGUGAAUAGACAGAAGUCAUGCCCACUUUUUCCACAUGUAU